UCAUAUGAAUAAAUCGUACUGUAAUUGUACACUUUUACGAGUUUUUAAUUUUUAACUCGCAAAUGAUUACAUCAUAAGUGCAUUUGAUUGCAGAACAUUCCACGCGGUAGUAUGCAGUAGUAUGAUAUUUGAAUUCGAUCCGCAUAAAACGUUAUUCCCGUUUUAGAAAAGUCAUUCUAUACAGAUUUAAAUAGUUCACGGAUUAAAUAAUUUCAUGUAUUAGUUCUUCUUUGGCAAUGAAUUUACAAUAUAUUUGUGGAAUCUUUUUAGUUCUAAUGACAUGCCAUCUAACAAAGGGGAAUAAGGAAAUACUUUUUGAUUUUACAACUGCAGACAAUGUGGAUAAUUGGAUGGAAGUAUCUGAUACUGUUAGAACAGUAGGAAAAUCAAAAGCUAUUUUAACAUUGCAAAAAACUCAGCUUUUUCAACAUGCCAUAUUUUUUACACUUUUGAAUCCACAACCAAAUGGUGCUGGCUUUGCAGGAGUGGAAACAGUAACUAAUUUAAAUUUAUCUAAUUUUGAGAAUAUUAAAAUUAGUUGCAGAGGACAAGGUGCAAAUAGUAAUUAUAAAGUUGUUCUUGAACACAAAGGUCUUCACACAAAUGGAAAUAUAACAUAUGAACAAUUCUUUGUGGCUUCAAUGUCAGAUACUGAUUUUUCCACUGUGAUAUUACCCUUGGCAAGUUUUAAACCAUAUUAUCGUGGAAGAGAAGUACCUGAUGCAGAACCAUUAGAUACUGCAAAUAUAACAAUGAUUGGUUUACAAAUAUAUGGUGGGGUUUAUUUACCAAUUAAACAAAAAGGAGUAUCAGCAUUAGAAGUACAAACCAUUUCUGUGUCAUAAUUUAUAUAUUAAUGUAAUUAUGUAACAUAAUUAUUUAAUGUAAUAUAAUUAUUAAAUGAAGAUACAUAUGUAAAUAUAUGUAUAGCGUUUGUAUAUUUGUUUUGAUUUGUACUUUACAAUAAAUAUAUCAGCACUUCAUAAAAUA